AUGGUUUCCAAACAUUUUUUUCAUGUUCUAUUCUUUCUUGACUUCGUUUCAUUUCCAUUUUCCUCUGUGGCUUUUCAUGCUGUUACGCCUUUAAAUGAAUCCAAUGUCGUGCAUUCUAGCUCUUCCUCUUCGUCAAAUUUUAAUACAAUUAACGUAGAAGGCAACAAAACUGAUGGAACCUACUUUAGUGGCUGCUUUGAUAAGGUUUAUGCGUUUGGAGACUCAUAUACUGACACCGGAAAUGCUCAAUUGUUGGGUGGAUUGAAGAACUUCGAAAGUGGUUUUUUAUCAAAAGGUUCAAACUUUGGCCAAAGAUCAUGUGAUGGUCGGUUGGUCGUUGAUUUCCUUUGUGAUGCUCUCAACAUAUCAUCAUUGCGACCAUAUAAAUCCAUUUCUGCAAACUCCGCUGCAAACUUGAGUUUAGGAGUGAACUUUGCAACUGCUGGGGCAACAGUUUUUACAAGAAAAUUUUUUGCCCAUUACAAAAUCAAUAACACCCUAAUGUGGCAAGGCACUCCCCAGAGUUUCCAUACCCAAAUAGAAUGGUUCAACAAGUUUCUUUCAGAUAUAGCUUGCAAGGGAAAAUCAGAGGAGGGAUGCAAGGCAGAUAUGGGAAGCAGCCUCUUUUGGCUUGGACAAAUGGGUAUAGGUGACUAUGCUCGUGUUUUAGGGUCUACUAUUUCAUUACGAUGGCUUAAAGAUAUGACUAUUGCUUACACCUCCAAUCUCCUUACGUUUGAUCUACUAUUUAGUUCCUUGAAGAGUUUCUUGGCUUUGCCCUAUGUGACAUUGUUUGACACGGGUGCAAAAUACAUUGUGGUUCAAGGGCUACCACCCCUAGGGUGCUAUCCAUUUGCCAAGUUGAGUCCAAAUUUUGUCAAGGAUGAUAUGGGUUGUGCAGCUGGUAUCAAUAAAGCAAUAAUAGCCCAUAAUGACCUUCUCCAAACCAUAUUGGAAGGAUUUCGAAAGAAGCAAGGUGGAAAGUGUAUGAUUUUAUAUGCUGAUUACUUCAAUGCAUACAAGGAAAUCACGACAAACCUUGGAAAAUUUGGGCUUGAAGAUGCAUUCAAUGCAUGUUGUGGUGCUGGAAAUGGACCUCUCAACUUUAACUUAGAAAGUUUAUGUGGAAUGUUGGGUACCACAGCCUGCAAAAACCCAGAUUCUCACGUCCAUUGGGAUGGCAUUCAUCUCACUGAAGCAAUGCAUCGACAAAUAUCUGAUCUCUUCCUCUACAAAGACUUUUGCCAACCAUCUUUCAUCGAACUAAUUAAAAUGAAGAAAGGCCAAGAACAGUUGGAAAAUUAUUCAUUUCUUGAAUUUGUACUUGGCUUGAAUCCACUAACACAUUGUAGCUCUCCCUCUCCUUCAAAGGACACAGUUCUUGAUAUCUGUUAUGUGGUGCUUCUUUUGUCUGAUACACAAUUACAUGAUCCCUUGUCAAUUUCCAUUGAAAAGGACUUCAAUUUUGCUGCUGAAUACAAGGAGGAACUCGAACAAUUUCAAGUGGAAUUCAUAGAAGAAAAAGACUAA